UUCGAUAAUGUUCCGAGUAGAUUCGGUUAUUGGUGGAAUCCUCUCUAAUAUGGCGGACUAUAAAGUUAAUCAAGUAUGAGAUAUUUUAUGAGAUCUUUGUCAACUGCGAAUGGAACACGUAAACCUCCAUGGAAGAUAUUAUUUUUUGGAACAGAUCGUUUCGCUGUAUACCCUUUGAAGGCUCUGAAUGAAAAUAAGAGGACUUCAGGCUCUGUUGUGAAACUGAUUGAUGUUGUGUGUCCUCCUGAGAGAAGAAGAGUUAGCAAGAAAGCUUUGAAUGGUGAUACUAUAGACACUGCAAGAGAGUUCUCUAUCAAACAUGACAUUCCAAUACACUACUGGCAUGGUAAGGAUGGAUGGGAACCUAAUCAGGGACCUCCAGGCCCAUAUGACAUUGCUGUAGUUGCAUCUUUUGGCUAUUUGAUACCUAACCAUGUCCUGGACUUGUUUCCUUGUGGUGCCAUAAACAUUCAUCCAUCUCUCCUGCCACAGUGGAAAGGAGCUGCUCCAAUGUCACAUGCAAUUUUAAGUGGAGCAAAGGAGACUGGGGUCUCCAUAGUUGAAGUCUCAAGAGACAGAUUUGAUGCUGGAGUGAGUUUACUUCAAGAAACUUACAAGAUUCCAGAAGAUAUUAUGUAUGAUGAUCUUUCAGAUGAGCUUGCCACCCUUGGAACAAAAAUGUUGAUGUACACUCUUGAGAAUCUGGAGUCAUUGCGGGAAAAUCCUGUGAAGCCAGUUAGACAAAUGAAAGCCAGCUGGGCUCGUCGCCUUACUAAAGAGGUUGGUUACAUUGACUGGACGUAUCACACUUGGUCUUAUAUCAGAAGACGAUGGAAUGCCCUCUCUUCCAGAGUUGGAGUUCAGACAAGUUGGGAAGGCAAAAAGGUUAAGUUGAUAAAAAUGUCCAAAGAGUUUCUUCAUCUGACUCAGGAAGAGGUCAUAACCACAAUCCCAGGAGAAGUGAAAUUUGACAGAGAUCGUGAUACACUCUUCAUUAGAUGUCAGGACGGCUGGGUUGGAGUGACAGAGCUUCAGUUUGAGGCCAAGACAGUCAUUACUGCUAGAGACUUUGCUAAUUCAUACCUGCGACUGCCGAGUUCUGCGCAAAAUUCAACGAAGAAAUGUUUUGAAAAUUUGCCAUGGAAGGAAAGAUGACAAAUGUCCUUACCUAGAUGAAGGAAAAGAAAAUAGAUUGUGCCAUGGUCAGUGGAUCGUAGGUCUUUCUGAUAACUGAAGGGUACCAGGCAGCUGAAAUUUGGCCAGUUUAAAUAUGUAAGGUCGACAAUUAAUACAAAAUAAUGUAAUUCGCGAUAUUUAUUUUACUUUAAAUAGUGUUGUAGAUACUAUUAUCGGUUGUAACAGUAGUUGACGGAACAUUUGCAUUUCAUUUUUCUGAAUUAUAUUUAUGACAGUUUUGACAUUAUGAUUAGUACGUAUAUAAAACAAUUGCUAGGUUCAAUGAAUUACUCUGUAAUGCAAGUAUAACAAAAGCGGUAAUUGAAUGGAGAACUGUUACAUAUGUUCCACGGAGAAGGAAAACGUAAUGUUAACUUAAAUUGAAACAAAUUCUUUACUAAUGGUAAUUGUAGGCAAAAACGCACACUAAUGAAAUACAAAACCACGUUAAAACAAAAGAAGUCUUCUGUUGAUUGAUCUUGAUUCAAUCUGAAAUUGAAAUAGUCCCUCUAAAAAGCUAUUUUUAUUAAUACUGUUCAUUUUGUAUCGUCUUCAAUAAAUGUCACUAAAUAAAAAAUAAAUAAAAAUAAAAGACUUAAUUUAACCUGAAAGGCCAAUCAGUUAGCAUGACUGUGUUUGCCAUUAAAACCAACAAUAAUUAAAAUAAUACAGAAAAUGGAGAAUGAUAUC